GAAGUGCGAGCUGAGCUCGAAAUGGUGCAAAUGAGCUAUGAAGGCGCAGAUUACUAGUGAGCGGGCUAGUGAGGGAGCUGCGGACAAAACAGCAGAACGCUCAUAAGUAAAGCUGCGGAACUGACAGAGUGCAGGCGAGUAAAGAAUAAGAAUGUACUUCACCUGGAGCACACUGGCGGAUGUUGUACACCUUUGAAUUGUCAACAAACAGAUUUAUUUCCUCUAAAUUUCUGUCAAUGUGAAGAUUUUUGCCUAAGAUCUUAAAAAUGGCUGAACGUGGGGCCCACAUCACAUCUGCUUCACCUGCUGAUGACCGUCCAUCCAUUUUUGAGGUAGUAGCCCAGGAGAGUUUGAUGGCUGCUGUGAGACCUGCUUUACAUCACGUUGUUAAGGUCCUCGCUGAAUCUAACCCUGCACGCUAUGGCAUUGUGUUUAGAUGGUUUGAUGAACUUUACACCCUGCUCGAUUUGCUUCUACAGCAGCACUACCUGUCCUGGGCAAGCGCUUCCUUUUCUGAAAAUUUCUAUGGGCUAAAGCGCAUGGCCCUAGGGAGUACUGGCAAACAGAGGCAUUUGCCAAGGAACAAGUAUUGGAGGUCCCUGUUGCUUCUGGUGUUGGUUCCCUACUUGCGGGUGAAAUUAGAAAAGCUAGUGAAAAAGCUGCGAGAGGAGCAAGAUUAUUCAAUUCAAAACCCAACAUCUUUCUGCAAGAAAUGCUACAAGGCUAUUUUGGCUUCCUAUCCCUUUGUGAAAAUGGCAUGGGAAGGUUGUUUCUUGUUUUACCAACUACGUUAUAUUCUUGGAAAUACAAGGCAUCAUUCUCCACUACUUCACUUAGCCGGGGUACAGCUUGCCAGGUUGACUGUAGAAGAUCUACAAGCCAUGGGGAGCAAAUCAGAAAAAUCAUUCUCGGCUCAUUCUGCACUAAGCAUGAGCCAGAGAGUAAGAAAUAUUGUAAAAAAAGCACUCAGCGGCAUGGCAUUUUCCCUCUCAACCAGCUUAUCACUGGGGGUUUUCUUUCUGCAGUUUCUGGAAUGGUGGUACUCAUCAGAAAACCAAGAUACUCUCAAGGCUCUAAGUACCUUUCCCGCCCCUCCCCCACCCAUCCAUUUUGAACUGGAAACCUAUUCUCCACUCCUUCCUAAGUUAAAGACUGUGUGUCCUCUUUGUCGCAAGGUGCGUGUAAAUGAUACAGCCCUGGGCACUUCAGGAUACGUAUACUGCUACCGCUGUGCCUACUACUAUGUGAAAACUCACAAUCGAUGUCCUGUGAGUGGUUACCCAACAGAGCUGCAGCACCUUAUUCGCCUCUAUACUCCUGAUGGUUGAGCAAUGGGAAAGCUUCCGUCUAACGCAACUUUAUUAAUUUACACAUGUCUGGAACUUUACACAACAAGCUCAGUGAAGAUUAUUGUUACAGAAAGUACCCUGGGCUGUACUUUCUUACUAAGCAGCAAUGCACACAGCAAGCUAUUUAACAGUCUAAUUUAUUUUUUAAUCUUUUCUUACAGAAGCCAUAAACAUUAGAUGCAGAUUUCCACUCAGUUUUGUAAGUAAUAUAGGUGGAUAUAAUCUAUUCAAGUCAAACUACUUUAAUUAUGUGUCAAAAUACAGAUUACAUAGAGUACAAAUUGUAUGUAUGACAGCUGUAAUCAGUAGUAUGUUUUUGGAUAUCUGCCGUUUCUGAUAGCUGUGGGCAUUACAAGUAUAUGUCCUGUAUGCAGGUGAAAAUGUAAUGUCCUUAGUAAUGAUUUAAAUGAAGCUAUUUGUAGGAACAUUAAACAGUGAUUGUUGUUUUU